ACAUCUGUAGACAUAUGCAUUAUUGGUAAAACAUAACAGAGUUUGUACAAAAAUGAAUCCUGCAAAGUCACUAUCUGGACUGUUGUUCCUAGUUAGUGUUGUGGAGAUAUGCAUCGGUGCCCUUUUGGACUAUGGGAAGAAUGCUGGUGACACAGGAAUAGGUGCAGUAGAUGAUGGGUCAUUCACCGUGAAUAUGAGGAGCGCAAUUAAAUUUUGGAACACAUAUCUAACAACAUUACAUAUAAAUAGUAAUGGCGUGAUUUCCUCAACAUCGUAUUCUUCAACCUCCUCCUCUUGGCCACAGGCACCUAACAACUCCUUACGUGUGUACCACACGGAUGCUAUUUUCAAUUCCCAAUGUGGAAAUUGUAGUAUCUACAUUCGAACUGUUCUUUCAACGCAAGAUUUGAAAAAAAUAAACAAUUUGUUGCGAUCAAAAGAUCAAAAUUUUACCGCAGAUGAAAAUAAAACGCUCGUAACAACUUGGUAUAAUGCAUCACAGUACGGAAACCAAAAUAAGACCAAUACUUUCCAAUCUAUUCUCACAUCCAAUGGCGAAAAAACGUAUGCAAUAUUAAGCUAUGACAAACUUCAAUAUCACAAAGAAACGUCAAGCAGGUUUGCUACAGCUGGUUUCAAAGUUUCCGGUAAUCAUUAUUGUACUUUUGUUAAUAAAAAACGAACGUCCAUGAAACUACAGUGUCGUUCUAAUGUAUUUUCACCUGGUUUAUAUGUGGUUGGUCUAACUCCCACUUCUGAAUACCAAUGCGAUAUGGGUGGCAACCUGACCAAUUUCUGUUCUCAUUGUCCUGGUGAGGAAUGGUUUCGUGUAAAUUGUGACAAUAAAGGUAAUGUUUGUGGCAGCAAUGGAAUGGAAUAUAUGAACGAAUGUGAACUGGAACGGGAAAGGUGCAGAACCAAUGGACACGUAGAAAAAAGUGUUUGUGCAGGAAAUUUUACAUUCUGUGACUUUGAAAAGGAUACUUGCGGUUUAACUGGUUCCAACUGGAUUCGGCGUAAAGGAAGCACUAGCAAAAAUAAUGGACCAAAUGUUGAUGCAAGUGGUAAUGCAUCCAGAUUUUAUUACCAUUUCGAAGCUUCUGGCUUAUUGCCAUUUUCAGACCAUUUAGUUUCUGUAACAGUUCCCAACCCCAAUAAAAGCCAGCAGGGAUGCUUGAAAUUUGCGUAUUAUAUGCAUGGGACGCACGUUGGUGCACUUUCAGUCAGGUUAUCUGCUAAGAAGAAACCACUACGAAUAGUGUGGACAAAAUUUGGCAAUCAAGGUACUUUGUGGAAACAAAAGGAAAUAUCGUUACAAAACAUAUUGAACUCAUGCGACACUAACUUCUUCAAAGUAAUAUUUGUGGCAACAAAAGGCAGCGAUUUUCCAAGUGACAUUGCAAUCGAUAAUAUAUCUAUAAACUUUAUAUCCAACUGUAUAAUAUUAAGGAAUUUUACUUUUUGUGAUUUUGAGAAGAAUAGUUGCGGAUUUACUGGUUCAAACUGGAUCAGACGUGGUGGACAAUACCCAAUAAAAAGCACAUGGCCAACUGUUGAUGCCAGUGGUAACUCGUCGGGAUUCUACUUUCACUUUGAUGCUAGAUUGUCACCACUAUUUUCGAUGCAUCCAAUUUCAGUGGUAAUACCAAACCCCAGCAAAAGCAGCGAAGGUUGUUUAAAGUUUGCUUAUCAUAUGAAUGGGGACGAUAUUGGUAGCCUCUCAGUCAUUCUGUCUUCGAGUAAUGUUCCACCUCGAACAGUAUGGUUUACAGCUGCUGAUCUGGAAUCUGUGUGGGAAGAAACGGCUGUAUCAUUGCAACAGAUUUUGAAGUCCUCUAUUCCUUCUUACUUUAACUUAACAUUUGUGGCAAUAAAGGGUAAUGGCUCCCGCGGUGAAAUUGCAAUUGACAAUGUCUUGGUGACUUAUGGUUCUAAUUGUGUGGUUGCAGCGAAAUCAACACCAAGAACAACUGCAAUUUCAGAGCAAAACACAGAUCUUAAGAAAGUCAUAGCAAUAGCAACUGGUGGUUUUGUGUUUGUACAAAUUAUAUUUUUACUUAUUUGCGUCGUAAUAAGGCGCAAAGCUGUUAAAAAAGCUGAUGGCACACCUACUGUUCAAGCAACUGUUAAAAUGGAAGAUAACGAAGAUUACGAAAUUAUCCAACCUAAUCCAUCUUACUAUGCCAAUGUCCGAGCCUUACAGCUUGAUAAACAUUCUGAACAUAAAACGAAAAAUACCAAUCCGAUGAAAUUUACAGAGGUUGAGAUGCAAAUUACAACAAAUAACGAAUAUACAAGCAUAGACGACUAAAACAUCGUUCAUAAUGUAGCGAUUGGUGCUUCACAUUUAUUUCUGUAAAUUGGCUGCAUUGGCUUGCCAUACUAAGCAUUGAUUCAUAUAACCACAUAAAUGAUGAAAAACUAAAUUCUACUCUGCUGUGAUAGAAUAAUAAUAAAAACAGAAAAAGUUAAAUUUGAUAUGUUUUGCGAAGACUUUUUUUAAUUAAAACACUUUUUUCGAGGUGUUUUUAGUUUUUACUAUUUAUGUGGUUUAUUGAUUAAGUACAUGACAAAAUUAAUUUCACUAUAUUUUUAAGCAAAUUAAAAAGACAUCCAAAAAUAAUUAAAAAUCUGUAAAAACUUCACGAAGACUUAGAACUUUGUAGCAAGCACCUCAUGUUGCCCAAUUUUAUUACACAAAGCUACUACGUCUGCCACAUCGAUCGUUAGCGAUCCAAGCUACCACAGAUUGCUGAAUCAGCCUUCAAGUCAGCCUUUCUUUUUAAAUCACAACCUUUUUUGUUACUUUUUGCAAAACAUUUUUGUGUACAUUUUGCAGUCGGUAACCAUGUGUCUGUUUAGAGGCCUUUAACUACAGGUUACUUUUUGGGGAAACUAAUUUUAUAAAAAGCAUAUACAUCCAAAAAUGUUACAACACUGUUUACCGGGUAUGCUAUGUUCAUUUUGCGCCGCUGGACCUUUCAACUGGCUUUUAUAAAUUAUACAAACAUUAACACAUCCGUGAUUGUAGGACGCAGGCAAUAUAUUGUUAUAAUAACAAGAGAAUACUAGUAGUAACUCGCCGUUACCAUCUUUAAAAAACACGCAGACACACCAACAGACAUCUAUAACGUCACAAAAUAUCCUUUGUUAAGAUUGACAUUAAUUUAAGAUAAUGUUCGUUUAUUCGGCAUGUCUUUAACGUGGUUCAACUUAACUGAGAGAACAAACAGUUGUAUCGGCACAAAAAUAUUUUUUGCAUAAUAAUUUAACCUUUUUAUGUAAUUAAAUAAAAAUUUUAUGUCUUUUUCAAAACAACUUUAAAAAUGGAAUUGCUUUGCUAUUAUGCAACUCAAUAUGCUAAUUUGCUUUUUUAAUCGUUAUUACACCCUGUUGCAAUAAAAACGCACAAAAUUGACAGAAUGAGUUUGGAAAUGUUACUGUAUGCAGUGUUGCUACUGUGUACCAGCACAAUCGUUUUUAGACCAUGGAUUUGUGGCUCAUGGCUUUGUGGUUUUGGAGUUUGCUUCGCAUUCACAAGGUCCGUGGUUCGUUCCACAGCGCGGGCAUAUCUAGCAAGUGCCUUUACCACAGCUACAGGUCAACCCAUGCCACGUGAAGGAAAUUGGUUAGGAAUUACCGGUGUAUCCUUAAUGCAUGCAUUCCAAACACAGGACCCACACUGAAAUGGCUGUAUCCUAUAUAAUUAUUCGGAAUUAUAAUUAUAAUAAUAAUAAGAGGCUGGUAACACAGCAUUGGGCAAAUGUGACUACUGAACGCGUUCUGUCGAUAUCUACAGUCUGAUUAAAUUUUAGGAUACAUACCUAUAAAGACUUUAUGUAAGCUUGUUUGCAACUCACAACUAAAUAAAUAAUUUUAUAAAACGAACAACUGACAACAUAAUAGCGCUACAUCAUCGAUAUAGUUUGAAAAUUUUUCUUUACGUAUCACUGUAAGUUUGUUACAUGAAGACGAAUAAUAAUUUAAAUGCUCUAUGACUGUCACGGGUAUUUUUAAGUUCUGUGAAAAUAGAGUAGCCUACACUUAUAAUUUUUCCCUUAAUCGCCCCCUUGACAA